GGGCGCCUCCGCCGGGGAGCGGGCCGCGGGCAGAGCGGGAGCCGUAUGUGUCCAUGGAUCGGGGGGCCGCUCUGCAGAGGCGAGGUGGAGGCCUGGGCGGGGGCGUCUCGGCCGUCGGCUCCCCGGCGCUGUCGGGCGGUCAGGCCCGCCGGAGGAAGCAGCCGCCCCGGCCGGCCGACUUCAAGCUGCAGGUCAUCAUCAUCGGUUCCCGGGGCGUGGGCAAGACCAGCCUGAUGGAGCGCUUCACCGACGACACCUUCUGCGAGGCCUGCAAGUCCACCGUGGGUGUUGAUUUUAAAAUCAAAACAGUAGAGUUAAGGGGAAAGAAAAUUAGAUUACAAAUCUGGGAUACAGCAGGUCAGGAGAGAUUCAACAGCAUUACCUCAGCUUAUUACAGAAGUGCCAAGGGAAUCAUAUUAGUGUACGAUAUUACAAAGAAGGAAACAUUUGAUGAUCUACCAAAAUGGAUGAAAAUGAUUGAUAAGUAUGCCUCAGAAGAUGCAGAACUUUUGUUAGUUGGAAAUAAGUUGGACUGUGAAACUGACAGAGAAAUCACUAGACAGCAGGGUGAAAAGUUUGCCCAACAGAUAACUGGGAUGAGAUUCUGUGAAGCAAGUGCCAAGGAUAAUUUCAAUGUGGAUGAGAUAUUUCUAAAACUUGUUGAUGAUAUUCUGAAGAAGAUGCCUCUGGAUGUUUUAAGGAAUGAAUUAUCCAACAGCAUCCUUUCCUUACAACCAGAACCAGAAAUACCACCAGAACUGCCUCCACCAAGACCACAUGUCCGUUGCUGUUGAUUUGCUUCUUAGGGACAUAGUGAAAAAGAUUCUUGGGAAGGGGGAAGAAUAGCUGUUCGACUCUGCACUACAAUCAUUUUGACAAUUUCAUGUCGCACUUUGUUAUCCAAGUCAGAGCUACACACUAACCUGUAAAUAUGCAAAUAUUUAAUCCUGUGUAGGAUUUACCUAUGUUACACAUUUCCCCCCACAUUUGUAUAUUUCCCUCAUUAUCUCAGUGUUAUAAAUAUUGUGUAGGCACUGGGGAAACUUCAGUACUCCUGAUAUAAAGGAGUGGGAGAAAUGAAAUCUAUAAUACUUCAAAUAAAUGUUUUAAUAGUUCUUGUCAAUUAUAUUAAAAUGGCAGAAAUUAUUCUGGUAUGAAGAGAGUAUUUGGUGCUUUGCUAACUAUUUUAAAGAUAAAUUUGUAAAAACUGAAGAAUUUUUUGAAUAAAGCUUCCAUAAAUCAUGUGUUUUUUUUCCUUUAUUCAAAAGACUUUUUCAGCUGUAGCAUCUUUGUAGCAUUGAAGUGGUUCUGCAGCAAAGCAAAAAUCCAUUUAAUUUCCAUCCUUUAAAAAUAUUUAUUGAUAGUAUGUUAAUAUGAUAGCAAAUCACUAUAGUUAAGAGAUAUUGGGCUUGACUUAGACCUAAGACAGCAGUAUUGCUGCCACAGUUUCUUAAUGAACAGACUAGACUGUACACUAUAAGAACCACAGAGAUCACAUAAAAAGAGAUGUAUUUGAAACUAUCACUGGUGUAAAAAUGACGCUGCUGCCCUAAGCAAAUCCUGUUUAAAGGAAUUUUUUUGAAGAUACUUUUCCUAUAUCAAGGAACAUAUAUGUAUUUGCCUGAUAUCUUGGUCCUUUUUAAUGGUAGAAACAAAUAAAAAUCCUCUUUUUUUUUUUUUAAGUGAAGCUUAUGUUCUGUCCAGCAUAUUACUGUAUUCUUCUUUCUUUCUUUUUUCUUCUUCUUUUUUUUUUUUGCAAGGAUUGGGGGAGGGGAUCUGAUAAUGAAUUUGUGAACUCUAUCUUUGGUAUAUCUUUUAUUAAGCUGCACUUUGUUUAGUUAAAGUAAAUAAGUAGUAACCUAUCUGAAUAACUUUGAGUGUCUUGAAUGUCGUGGCAUUGAAAAGCAUUGUGGUCUUUCUAAACUAAUGAAGUCCAAAUAAAAUUUUGUAUUUAUGAAUGA